AUGGCUUACACCCUUCCAUCUCUUCGUCUCUUCAACCCCUCCGGUUCCUACCUCGCCUUCUCAAGCACAAAAUUUAGCGCCACUUUACACACGGCCUCUUUCUCGAACCGGACGUGUCAACUCACAUCUAACUCAAUGAGUCAACCCGCCGCCACGGAUUCCAGCACUCUGUCGACACCUGAAGUUGCUCCGUCACCGCCAGAAAACGCCGAUGUUGUGGUCCAGUACAUGGUGCUCCGGCGAGACCUGAUCGAUACUUGGCCAUUAGGCAGUGUGGUCACUCAAGGUUGCCACGCUUCUGUUUCCGCCGUUUGGUCUAAUAAAGACGAUCCUGUCACAAUCGAUUAUUGCAGCCCCGAUAAAAUCGAUUCUAUGCACAAAGUCACACUCGAAGUGAAAGGAGAACCCCAGCUCAAAAACUUGUCUGAGAAGCUGAAAUCUGGUGGUAUCAUCCACAAACUGUGGAUUGAACAACCUGAAAACAUACCUACUUGCCUUGCCACAAAACCUUAUCCUAAGUCAAUUGUAUCUUCAUAUUUUAAGAAGUUGAAACUCUGCAAGUGA